CUUUUUUUUUUAAAUAGAUCCCAUUAGCUUUUCUAUCAGACACCACACGACAUUUAGAAACAGUGCUGGCUGAUGUUCUUCUAAUUACAGGUAUAUGGCCCAAACCACAGAGCGUUUUCUGCCUUUAGAGCUUCUAGAAUAGUCGAGGAAGUGGGUAGAGAGGAAAUCAGAAGAGAUGGGGGCCAUAAUGUCAUUUCAGUACAACUGGACAGCGAAGCAGUGGUGGUGUGGAAAAGAUCAGCAAUUGCAUCAUCAGCCUCUCUCAUCAUGGCCUCGUUUGCUGGUGCGGCAACGGACGACACGAUUGAACUUGCUGAUGAAGAGGAGGGGGAUACUACACUCCUUAAAAGAUACGAGCCAGCUGCGAUGCUUCCCAGUAGGAGAGGACCGCUGGAAAUGCUUUUGAAGAAAGAACCGGCGGCACUAGGAGCUCUUCAAAUCCUUAUCGGGACAGUGAACUUUGGUUUGGGCAUUGUACUGGCAGUAUCUUCCACUUCUCUGGUCACAAUACUCAAAGUGCCCUUUGUCACAGGUCUUGUGUUUGUCUUCUCUGGCUUAUUUUCUGUCCUGGUAAAGAUGUUUCCCAGAGUCCUGCCAAUCUGUCUAAGGAUGAACUUUGGAAGUUUCCUGAUUGCAGGCCUUGGCAUGGUGGUGAUCUCAGUUGAUUUGUCUUUUUGGACCGUGUACACUGUACAUUCAAUAAACAAAAUUUCUGCAGAAGUUAAGGGUGUUAUCCUGUGUUUGACUCUGCUGGAGAUGUGCAUUACUGCUCCGUUGACAUUUUGGACACGCACUCAGAUUCGUCACAUAAAGGCACCAGAAUGAAGACAGGGACUGGUAUUCACAGUUCUAUAAAUACCUGCACAUAAUAGACUCUUGGCUGUAGAAUAUUUUUGCAUUCUCUGUGACUUUUGAAGGAUUCCUUAAACAGAAGCUCACCCUGCAUCUUUGAACUUCAGCACAUUUGGUCAUCGAACUCUGAAUUGUCAGAAAGCUUCAGACUGUUAAAAGGGGUUUGUAUUAAAGAAAGCAAAUGCAGUAGAAGGUCUCUUACUUUAAGCUGCCAUUAAUUUUUUUUUAUAAAUGUUCCUUCAGACUUUUACAAAGAGAGAUGAUGUAUUCAAUGUGUGUAAAUUAUAAUUGUUUUUAUAAAACAAAAAAAAGACUAAGCCAUUGAAGGGAGUCAUUGGCUUUUACAAUGCAAAUAUGAUGAAUGGGCCUAGUUUGUGUUGGAGACACAUUAAGGCAUUUGACAAAUAUGUUGAAAAUAAAAAUUGUUUUGUUGUGAUUUUGGAAACUAUAUUAUAGUUUUUAUUAUAUACUCACUUUCCCCCCAAUUUAUUCACUUUUUUUUCAAUUACAAAUCAAGUCACAAAUAGUUAGGCUUGGGAUAACAACCUAGAUCAGUUAAGAUUUCAUUCCCAAGAGAUCCUGGCUCCAGAAUGACGCCAACUUAAAAUCAUUGUAGUUAAAUACUUUGCUUAAUUUGAGUGCUCAGUGCUUGGUAUAUCAACCACUGUAUUUUUUGCUGUACUAACUGCUACAAAUAAAAUUAUUGAAUUUGUUUCUGA